GACAUCCAGAGUUCACGUGGAAACGCUGGUGGAUGUGGUAUGGAUGAAUGUCAAAACUUCAUAGAACCCCUUCAGCUAAAAUAAAGGAUAAAAUCUUAAAAUGCUAUCAAGUGCAUUCAGUAUGAAAGCAUUUUAUCAACUGACAUAAUUGAUAAAAAUGUACUUUAUUAGAUGUUGGAGAAGAAGCGCCGCUGUCAUAACGUCGAUGAGGUCCGUUCCAGUGAAGCGGCUCUUAUGUACUGGGGCGGAGGAUGACACUGUUUUCGCCCUGUCGUCGGGUCAGGGCAGGUGUGGGGUGGCUGUAGUUCGGGUCAGUGGUCCGUCAUCAGCGCUCGCUGUCCGCAGUAUGACCCGCGUGCUCCCCGCGGCUCGCAUCGCCAGUCUCCGCAGCAUCAUACAUCCACAGACUCAAGAGCUGCUGGACCGCGGGCUUGUCCUCUGGUUUCCAGGCCCUCGCAGUUUUACUGGAGAGGACUGCGCAGAGUUUCACAUUCACGGAGGUCCUGCUGUUAUAAAUGGAGUGUUACAAGCGCUUGGGAGUUUGCCAGGGCUGCGACCUGCAGAGGCAGGUGAGUUUACCCGACGGGCAUUCAGUGCUGGAAAACUGGACCUUACCGAAGUGGAGGGUCUGGGUGAUCUGAUCCACGCAGAGACUGAGGCACAAAGGCGGCAGGCCCUCCGACAGAUGGCAGGAGACCUGGGCCGCAUCUAUCAAGACUGGAGUGAUCGUCUAAAGCGAUGCUUGGCACAUGUUGAAGCAUUCAUCGACUUCAGUGAGGAUGAACUCGUAGAGGAUGGAAUCUUAAAUGACGUGGAUGUAGCUGUUGGACAGCUGCAGACAGAGAUUGGAAAUCACCUGUCGGAUCAGCGCAGAGGAGAGCGCCUGCGCACCGGCGUUCAGGUGGUUAUUGCUGGAAGCACCAAUGCGGGCAAGAGCAGCCUGCUUAACAUGCUGACUCAGCGUCCUGCUGCCAUCGUGUCUCCCACAGCAGGAACCACCAGAGAUGUGGUGGAGGUCCCACUAGACAUGGGCGGCUAUCCUGUACUGCUGAGUGACACCGCAGGUCUGCGAGACACCACAGACAGCGUGGAGCAGGAGGGCGUCCGGCGCGCCAGGCAGAGGGUGGAGCAGGCAGAUGUUACUCUAGCGGUUGUCGACUUGACGCAGCUUCCUUCUGAGCCUGGAUUGAUGCCCGCCUUCCUUAGUGGACACUUGAGGAGCAUCCUGGAGCAAACAUCUGACAGGCGACAGUGUAUCCUGAUCCUUAACAAAAGUGACCUCAUCUCCACCGAGCAAAAGCGCAGUGUCCGAGCUUCGCUCAUGCAGACUGGAGAUGUACCACAUUUCUGUUUUUUGUCAUGCCACACUAGAGAUGGUCUGCAGGAUCUCUUGACCGUAUUACAGGACAGAUUGAAGACAUUGUGUGGUGAUCCACUGUUAGGCAACCCAAGUUUGACUCAAACCCGUCAUAGGACUCACUUGCAGAAGAGCACAGAGGCUUUACAUCAGUAUCAUCACUACAGAGAUGUGGAUCUGGUGCUGGCGGCAGAGGGGCUUCGUUUGGCUCUCUCCAGUCUGGGCAGGAUCACCGGUAAAGUUGGUGCUGAGGAAAUACUGGAUGUGAUUUUUAAAGACUUUUGCAUUGGGAAAUAGACUCGUACUUUGUAACACCCAUCUAAACAGAUCUUUGUGAGGAGUAAAUGUCUUGACUUUAAAUACAUGACACAUGAUUUAUUCAUUUAACACUGUUGGAUGCUUUUGAAAGGUUUACAAGGGGAGUGGAUGCUCACAUAGAAUCCAAAAAAAAGACAAACCAACACUGAAAUAAAGAUAUUAAGGGUUGAAGAACAUGAGGGGAGGUAAAUGAUGACAAAACUUUUCAUUUUUGGGUGAACUAUCCCUUUAAUGUCCAUUUAUUAAUGUGUUAUUUUAAACAUUAAAAACUUGACCAAUCCAAACAGUUAAAAGAAGAGCUCAGGAAAAGCAUUAUUUUUAUUGCAUAUGGGAGGCAAAGUUUCAAAUCUCAGCUUUUCUGUAAAAACAAUCAAAUUUCCUCCCAAAUGUCCCUGUUGAAGGGAAUGACUUCACACCAACCUUGGCAAGAGGAGACCUUAUUUGUUCCUCGUACGUUCUCAUCUAACAGCGUUCUCCCCUGCUGUAGGAAGGAGAUGUUCAGAAAUGCUCCCAAAGGCCCUUUGUUUUGCUGUCAGUCCCACAUUCAUUUAAAUAUUUAUGCGAGUUCACUGAACUCUUUAACCGUUUGCAUUGCCUUCUGUUUUCCUCUUAUUCAUGAUGCUGUUGUUUUUGGUGAUUAGUAAGGUUAAAAGGGUUUCAUAAAUCUCUAUGGUUUUGCUGUACUGUAGGGGUUGGCAAUGAGGCCAGUGGUUAUGGGAAACUGGCUUGGAUAGUACAAAAUCCAUUUUAUAUAUAUAUAUAUAUAUAUAUAUAUAUAUAUAUAUAUCAGGGCUCCAGACUAACUUUUUUCACUGGGAGCACAGUGGCCCCCAACUGAAAAUUUUAGGGGCACAACCAGAAAAUUUAGGGGCACAUACCGUAAAUCAACAUGCUAACCAAAUAUCCGUAUUUCUACUAAGUAAUACACUGUAUUACUAAUAAAUACUUUGAUGAUAGAUGCAGAAAAUACAAUGUGCUGUUUUAAAUUCAGUGUCACAUUACAAAGAAGUGUCAAAUUUACUGGUCACACAUGUGUGACUGGAUGUAAAAUUCAGUGGCACACUCUCAAAUUCCAUUUG